AUGCAGACUCAAAAAGCAAGAAAUGGUACUUCAGGAGUGUCGCGAAAGAAAUCUCCUUCGAAUCCGCGGACUGCUCGCAAAACGAAAACACCAGGAUCUGGUUCUAACUCGGUUCCAUCAUCUCCAAGUCCAGCAAGUAAAACUCCAAAAGAUAGAAGCCCAAAUGUCAACUCAACACAAAGUUCAAUAUCUGAGAAGAAUGGAACAAACAGGGUCCAUGAAUUGGAGUUUCUGCUAUCUCAACUCGAAGAAGAUCUAAAGAAAGCUAAGGAACAAGUUAACUCGACAGAAUUGUUGAAGACAAAAGCUCAGCGUGAGGCGGAAGAUGCAAAGAAUAAGCUUUUAUCCAUGUCAAGAGAGUUGGAGGAAUCACAGCAACAGCUUCUGGAGCUAUCUAAUUCUGAAGACGGACGGAUUCAAGAACUACGUAAAGUUUCUCAGGACCGAGAUAGAGCAUGGCAGUCUGAGCUAGAAGCUGUCCAUAAGCAGCACGCAAUGGAUUCGUCUGCUUUAGCAUCUUCCAUGAAUGAAAUCCAGAAACUGAAAAUGCAACUUGAAAGAGCACGCGAAUCUGAAGCUACUCUGAUUGACAAUGCCGAGUCAGCUGAUGCUGAGAUUCAAGACUUGAGGAUGGAGCUUGAUGAAACAAUGUCUUCCAUUGAAAAGCUGAAAAAUGAGGUGAACCAAUGUAGAGAGUCUGAAUCGCAGGCUUUGGAAAUAGCUGGCAAAACUCAAAUGCAAUUGGAAACUGCAAAUAAGACAGUGGAAACCCUUCGGUUAGAAGGUGCGAAAGCGUCAGAAGCAUUCCAAUCUUUAGCUUUAGAGUUGGAGCAAUCAAAGGCUCGUGUACAAUCAUUGGAGGAACUUGUGAGCAAACUUCAGGAUGAUUUGGUCAGUGGAGCCGGUUUAUCUCCUUGCUUACCUGCAUUGGAAGUCAUAGAAAAUGAAGAGAUAAACCGUCUCAAUGCGGAGCUUGUCUCGGUUAAAGCUGAAGCAGGGAAAUUAAAAUCUGCAUUAGAUGUUGCUGAGGUAAGUUAUCAGGACGAGUAUAUUCGAAGCACAUUGCAGAUUAGAAGUGCCUUUGAACAACUCGAGCACACAAAAUCAGAAUCUAAUAAAAAACAAGCUGAAUUAUACGAGGAAUUGAAGAAAGCUAGAGCUGAUAUCGAAGAGUUAAAGGCGCGCUUGAUUGACAAUGAAUCUCAUUUGCAAGAUACUGAUGUGGCUGAGUUGAAGGAAAAAUUGUUGGAGAAAGAGACAAAACUAAAAAAUGUAACUGAAGAGAACAAUGCACUCAAGAUGGAAAUAAAGAGAGAGGAGAUAGAGAAGAAUAAAACUACAUAUGAGGCCGUUGCUUCUGCGGAGGCAGCAAGGGCUGCGGAACGAGAGGCUUUGACAAAACUUGGCUACAUAACAGAAGAAGCUGAUAACAGUAACAGAAAGAUAGCAGAGGUAACUGAGGCGUUAGAUGCUGCGUAUGCGUCGAAUUCGGAGUUAGAGGCUGAAUUAAGGAGAUUGAAAGUGCAGUCAGAUCAGUGGAGGAAAGCAGCUGAAGCAGCCGCUGCUAUGAUUUCUUCAGCAAACAACAAUGAAAAAAUUGGGGAGCGAACCGGUUCGCUUGACAGUGGCUACAACAAUUCUACUACUAGUAACAAGAUGUGUUCGCCUUAUUCGGAAGGCACUGAUGAUGACUCACCUAAGAAGAAAAAUACAACCGUGUUGAAGAAGAUUGGAGUUUUGUGGAAGAAGAAUCAUCAAUAG